AAUAUCAUAGUUUGGUGGGCUGGACAAGAUAUGAUAUUCCAGGAGGCCCUACUAAUUCUCCAAACCGAAUUUCUCACUCACUCUCUCUCUCUCUUCCCCCAAACUUCGACGAUACGAACGAGACACAGAGUAAACAAAGUAGCAACGAAAACGAAACUCUCUGUGUGUCUCAAAUGCUAUCUUUAAUUUCUCAACAUACAAUAAACCCCCACCUAUAGCACACACAUGUAGUCAAACCCUAACAUUCUCUUCAUCUCAUUUCUAUAUAUUUAUAUAUAUAUGAAGUGAGAGCUGUGACUGAAACAUUUCACAGUAUUCAGGAAAAGUUAUUCUCAUGAUCGUUGCUUCCCAAUGAAAAUUUGGGUGAUGAAGUGGACAAAAAUCCCAAUUUUACAUGUGGAAAUACAAGUAUUAUGUUAUUGAGGAGGAGGGUUGAAGAUUCUUCAGUGAUUAGUUUUGGAAAGAAAAAAUGAAAAUGGCUCCAGCAAGCAAGGCUGAUAAGAAGGCAGCACUUGAUGCAGCUGCAUGGAUGUUCAAUGUUGUCACAAGUGUUGGGAUUAUCAUUGUUAAUAAAGCUUUGAUGGCUACAUAUGGCUUCAGUUUUGCUACAACAUUAACUGGUUUGCAUUUUGCUACCACAACCUUGAUGACGUCUUUUCUUAGAUGGCUGGGGUACAUUCAAGCAUCUCAUCUACCCCUUCCAGAGCUUUUGAGAUUUGUCUUAUUUGCGAAUUUCUCUAUUGUUGGAAUGAAUGUUAGCCUAAUGUGGAAUUCGGUGGGAUUCUAUCAGAUAGCAAAGCUGAGUAUGAUCCCUGUAUCCUGCUUACUGGAAGUUGUUUUGGACAAAAUCCGCUACUCAAGAGACACAAAGCUCAGUAUCACAGUGGUUCUCCUUGGUGUUGCUGUCUGCACUGUUACUGAUGUCAGCGUUAAUGCUAAAGGUUUCAUUGCUGCCUUUAUUGCUGUUUGGAGUACAGCUCUACAACAGUAUUAUGUACAUUUCCUUCAACGCAAGUACUCACUCAGUUCCUUUAAUCUGUUGGGACAUACUGCACCCGCCCAGGCUGCAUCUUUGCUGUUAGUAGGCCCCUUUCUGGAUUAUUGGUUGACAAACAAGAGAGUUGAUGCCUUCGACUACAAUAUAGCAUCUUCAAUUUUUAUAGUCCUUUCAUGUACUAUUGCAGUAGGAACCAACCUCAGCCAGUUCAUCUGCAUAGGCAGAUUCACGGCGGUGUCCUUCCAAGUACUUGGCCACAUGAAGACGAUCCUUGUCUUGAUCCUGGGUUUCUUAUUCUUCGGGAAAGAAGGUCUCAAUUUACACGUGGUCAUCGGCAUGGUCAUAGCUGUUGUUGGAAUGAUCUGGUAUGGCAAUGCUUCAUCUAAACCUGGUGGGAAGGAGCGUCGAAGCCAUUCAAUUUCUAGCAGCAGACAUCAGAAAUUGUCAGAAUCUUCUGAAAUAGAUGAGAAGGUCUAAACAUUUACUGAAUUUUUAAGUCUACCAUACAGGGAAUUUUUUAAUCAUCUGACGUUUAGUACACCCUUCCCAAACCAUUUGAGUUUCGAUUCCUCAUUAUUCUGUAAUUUUUAUAUAUUUCUUUUCUUGAUAUUAAAUCCCUUAAAGGGGUAUGGAUACUUUGAAAUAGGUUUAGGUUCAAUUCUCCCCGCCAUUUUGUUCCAUCGUUAUAAUUUAUAGUGAUUAUUUUUUUGCUUGUUA